UGUGGAAAUUGCUAAUUUCUGAUUUGUGGGAAUACAUAUAGCAAACAUUUAGAUAAAAAUUAGAAGCAAUAGGAAGAUUCCAUAUUCAUUUUUGAAUUAUAUUCUAAAGAAUAAAAUAUAUUUUAGCGGUUUUACUUUAGGCCGCUUUGCAAUGGAGUUUGCGUCUUCGAGUUACGACAACCUGUCGUCAGAUGUUGGCUUUGCGUCAAUGGUAAGGGAGCUAUUUUAAUUUCGAAUUUCCGACGACCCUGAUGUGCUAAAUCAGAUAUUCGGCACAUUAGUAAUACAUUUUAAUGAUCGAGCAGUAAAAUCAAAGAUUUCCAGAGGGACAGGCCAUUUCGAAGAUCAGUGGGCGUUUGUGUAUUGUAUUACACUGUUUCCUCGUUCGUUUCUAAUUAUUGACAAUAUUUGAUAUUACGAAAUUUGUGAAAGGCAAACCUGUUUUGUAUUAGAUGGGUGAACCACCAAAAUACUAUGGGAGAAGAAGAAGUAUCGUUCGUAGAAUUGGUUCAUUACUGCCAUUGAAACCUCCACCGAAAAUAUAUGUCAGUGUUACACCUUUGCAUUCAAUGACAAGUUCUAUGAUUAACGAAGAAACCAGUAGCGAUUAUAAAGACACAAAUGGGGUUUCUAGUAUUAGGCCAGAUUUAUUAGAACCCAUCAGUUUUGGGUCAGAAGUUCGAUUGCUUGCGCUAGAGCAAGAACUUCAAGAGCUUAGGGAACAAAUUUCAGCGAUAGUUAAAAGCAACAAACAGUCCAGAUAUACAUCUACUGCAUCUUUAGCAAAUGGAACUGAUAGUGAAAAUGUAAUGCAAAUGCAACCACCACCACCGCCACCACCCCCACUACCACCACCUACAACUCCUCAUAUUGCAAGAAGAGCAAGUUUGCAAGAUCAUAAAGUCGAAGAACGUAGAAAGGCUCUAUUAAAUUCUCAAGGGUCUAUGGGCAAUGUGCUUAAGAAUAUUGAAAACGUUCAAUUGAAGCCAGUUGCUAAAUCACCUGGAGGACGACCUCUUCGUGUUAAACGUGAGAAUAGUCCAUGUAACGACUUACAAGAGAUACUAAGAAGACGAUAUGUCGCAAUGAAUUCAGGCGAUAGCAGGAAUUCUUCGACUAAUUUGACAAUGGAUGAUUCAUUUUCCAGUGAUGCAUAAAGACAUUCUAUAGAUAUUUUCUCAACGUGCAUUGUGUGAAAUUAACGUGCCAUGUAACAUUUCGGACUAUACUAACAACAGGAUAAUGAAUCUGAUUGAUUGGUCUUCUAAUAAUGUUAAGACAAGAGUAGCAUAUGGGAAACAGUAAAAGGGAUGGAAAACAAACGUGGCCGACACUCUUGAAAUUGUGGUUAAUAAAUUCACAUUGCAAGCUGAUUUCCAAAAUGUAAUAUUAAUCACAUUUUUCAGAGAGUAUUGCUAUCAAAAUAUAUGUAUAUAAAGUAACCAAAGACAUAACUUAUUACAUAUUUGCAUGGAAAAAGAUAUUGAGUUGUGAACUAUUAGGUUUUCAUUAUUUUUUAACUCUCAUACAACAAAUACGAGAAACUUUGUUUUUAAGAAUGGAAAAUAUAUACUAUUAUUAGUAAAUUUUUGAAUAAUACUACAUAUCAAUAUUUUCAAAUCGUGAAGUAUAAUUGUUAUUUCUUAACAGAAAAAUAAUUUCAAGCACAUUAUAUUAACGUAUGCAAAUAAAAUUGUAUAAUAUAUGCAACCGUAAUACUUUAAUACAGUUCACAAUUCAAUAUAUAAUUUUUAUUUCUAAGCGGGAAUCGCGUUUGAAUUUAGUAAACAGAAUUAAUUUUUAUUCUAAUUUUGAUAAGAUGCAGCUACUCGAGCACUGUCCAAUAGAGCCACGAUAGUUUAUUUGAUAUUAAGUAUAUUUAACAUUUCUUGUUCAGAUUCCUAGACGAAAAUGUUGUGAUAUCAAAGUCGUACCAUGACUUCUCAAGCAUUAGAUCCAGCCAUAGAAAACAGUACAUAUAAUCUCAAUAGAUAUAAUUAGCACAGGCUUGUCACACAAUAAAUACUCACAUUAUUACUUGUGUCACUUGUCAUGUGAAACAUGGUUUCAUAAGAAUGAGGGAAUGAACAUAGUAUGUACACACAAUGAGAAGAUAACACGAAUUAUGUCUUACGACAUUAUACUCUUGAAAUAUCACUGUGUGAUGAAUUCUACAUUUAAUUGACUUACAGCUGCUCUUAUAAAGAAUUUAAGAACUAUCUUAAUACAAGAUUGUCACUGUAGUAUGCAAACUGUUAAGAAUCGAACAUUUUUAAGUUCUUUAUAUUCUUUAUAGAAGUAACUAGUAAUGUUUACGUUUUUAGGAUGUAUAAUUUUCGUUUCAAAGGGACGUCAUAAUAGAUUUUGGAGACUGAGUGAAUCUUUAACGAUAUUACAAAUGUACAGAAUAUCUGUUUUAUACACGAAGCUUUUAUCGAUAAUUGAAAAAUAAACGUUAUUGUUGAACAACAAA